UCUUUGAUGGCUGAAUAAGUGGAGGGGCUGUUGAACGCAAGUCGUGGAACAUCACUCAGUCGGCGGUGAUGCUGUCUCGCGUUUGCACGUGUUGUUCCGUCCCGCACGCGGGUUCUUUGAAGUGAUCAUCGUCAUCACGCAUAACUAAAGAAAGCCGGACCGCGCGACGUAUUUUGAAAAACGGCGUGCGCCGUCCCGCCAGAAACCAGAACGGCUAUUUUAUUAUUAUAAUUCGUUAAUUUAUUUUUUUUUUAUUUUCUUUUCUUUCUUUCUUUUCUCGUAAAUCUCAUCCUAUUAUAUUUCUCGGGGUUCCUCGUCGCGGGAGUGACUUGUCAUUAAUUCGCUAGUCAGCCUAAGAUAAUAUAUAUUGUGCGAUCGAGGAUUUAAUUUAAACGUGGAGAGAGAUAAUAAACAAAUCGGUCGACGAACCGAUAUAUUAUUACUAGUUAUAUAUAUCUAUCUCUCUCUCAUCAAACACACACCAUUGUCAACCUAUUUCUCUUCGUUCGACGUUAUUGGAUUCUUUUUAUGUACUUUGUGCUACGCAAGAAAAAGUGUCCAUCGUUAUUGGAAAUUAUUUAAAAAAAAAAAAAGAAAAAACAACUGGAUUGGAUCUUAUAACCAUAGAAGAUCAAGGACAACAUUGCGGUUCCUUCCCUUUUUUUUUUUUUUUUCUACACGCGUUUCCUUUUGACCGUCAUGGGAGACGAGUUACCUAUUCUCAAAGGAAUCCUCAAUGGAGUGGUCGAUUAUCAUAAUGCACCGGUGCGAUUCGGCCGCGUGCCCAAACGCGAGAAGGCCAGGAUUUUGGCUGCCAUGCAGCAGAGUUCCCACAGUCGUUCUCAGGAAAAGGCAGUAGCGGCUGAACUGGAGGACGAACAACGUUUACUCGCCACCGUUGUCCGAGCUCACCUCGACACAUGCGAUUUUACCAGGGACAAGGUCACGCCUGUUCUUGCGAGAGCUCGUGAAACACCUAACUAUACGGCCUGCCCACCGACCUUGGCAUGUCCGUUAAAUCCAAAUCCGCAACCAUUGACCGGUCAGCAAGAAUUACUUCAGGAUUUCUCCAAGAGGUUUUCCCCGGCGAUUCGUGGCGUGGUAGAAUUCGCUAAACGCAUUCCUGGAUUCAGCCUGCUGGCACAGGAUGACCAGGUCACAUUAUUAAAGGCCGGAGUAUUCGAAGUUUUACUCGUUAGGCUGGCCUGCAUGUUCGAUGCUCAAACGAAUAGCAUGAUAUGCUUGAACGGACAAGUUUUAAAACGCGAGUCCAUUCACAACAGCAGUAACGCGAGAUUCCUGAUGGAUUCGAUGUUCGAUUUUGCCGAAAGGGUCAAUUCCUUGCGGUUGUCCGACGCCGAGCUUGGACUUUUCUGUUCGGUCGUUGUCAUUGCGGCGGAUAGGCCGGGAUUACGCAAUACCGAAUUGGUAGAACGUAUGCACAACAAAUUACGCAACGCUCUUCAAACGGUACUAGCUCAGAAUCAUCCACAACAUCCGGAUAUUCUGAGGGAAUUGUUGAAAAAGAUACCGGAUUUGAGAACGUUGAACACGUUGCACUCGGAGAAAUUACUGGCAUUCAAAAUGACCGAACAACAGCAACAAUUACAAGCGCAACAGCAACAACAGACGCACCACGUUAUAUCUGCGAGCCAACAGCAACAACAGCAGCAACAACAACAACAGCAACAGCAGACGCAAUCGGGACAACAAUCUCAGCAACAAUCGCAACAACAUUGGGCGAUGGAAGACGAAACCCCGGCAUCCUGGGGCUCGGCCUCGGACGUUACUCUAGACGAGGCAGUCAAAAGUCCGUUGGGUAGUGUUUCGAGUACGGAAAGCACGUGCAGCGGCGAGGUAGCAUCCCUUACGGAAUAUCAUCACGUUGCGGCAACUCCAAGCGGUGGCGGGGGCGGGGGCGGGGGUGGUGUCGGGCAUCACGCGUCCAGUGCACCUCUUCUCGCAGCAACCUUGGCCGGUGGUUUAUGUCCGCACCGUAGACGAGCGAAUUCCGGUAGCACGAGUUCCGGGGAGGACGAGCUUCACCGUGGCAGCUUGAGCAAAACACCUCAACCACCUCACUGUCCGCGUUUUCGCAAAUUGGAUUCGCCCAGCGACAGCGGGAUCGAGUCGGGUACUGAAAAAGCUGACAAACCAGCGAGUAGCAGUGCCAGUAGUGCACCCACCUCGGUUUGUUCGAGUCCACGUUCCGAGGACAAGGAAGUCGAAGACAUGCCUGUACUGAAACGCGUCCUACAAGCACCACCACUUUACGACACGAAUUCGUUGAUGGACGAGGCAUACAAACCUCACAAAAAGUUCCGUGCGUUACGGCAAAAGGAUAGUGCCGAAGCUGAGCCAGCGGUGGUAGUACAACACGCCCAAUCCCAAUUACAUUUACAUUUAACCUCGCCACCAGCGCGGAGUCCAUCGAAUCAAACGACGACGAAUAAUAAUAAUCCAGUUACCUGUCCGCAAACAGCGAGCUUACUUAGUAGCACGCACUCGACAUUGGCGAGAAGUUUGAUGGAGGGCCCUAGGAUGACGGCGGAACAACUCAAGCGUACGGACAUUAUACAUAACUAUAUAAUGCGAGGGGAAGCUAGUCCGAGGUCACCACCGGCGGUCUCGCCAUCCCCGGCGGAACAAUGUGCCUCGACGACCACCAUAACGGCACGCACCUCUUCUCAAGGAUCUCAGGGUUUGCUACAGUGUGCCACGUCGAGUUAUUCCAGCAGCUCCUCCUCGAGGUGGCCGGCCACCUCGGUUAUUACCACGACUACUGGUGCACGGCAACAGCAGCAACAACAACAACAACAACAACAACAACAUCAACAACACCAACAACACCAACAACAUCAGCACCAUCAGCACCAUCAACAACAGUCUUCCUCGGAUUACCUUAUAGUCGGGAAUUCUCCGGCAUCAUCACCAAGAUACCUCUCGGCAGCAGCGUCGAGUAGUACGAGCACGAGUCCGAGGCCAACAUCAUCCAGCAGCACAGCAGCAGCAGCGGCAGCGGCGACUCUUGUCCUAUCCGGUUGUCCAAGCAACAUGAUGGAACUCCAAGUGGACAUUGCCGACAGUCAACAACCUUUGAACCUCUCGAAAAAGUCACCGUCCCCAUCGCCAAGGCCACUCGUUGGGCCCUGCAAGGCCCUCUCCCUCGAAGCGUAGUGCUCUUGCCCUCAGGUGGACAUCUCUUUUAUUGGUGACUCGAAGAAAAUCAUGUGUGUGCGUGUGUACUCUAUUGCUACUAUUAUUACACUACUAUUACUACUACUACUACAACUAUUAUUAUUACUAUUACACUAUUAUUAUUACUACUACUACUACUACUACUAUAUACUAUUACUACUACUAUUACUACUAUUACCCACCUUGCGCAAAGAGUGUCGUUACGUACAUGUUUUAUGUAUUUUUAAAAACCCCGUCCAUGAGACGGCACACAGAGACGAAGGAUCGUCACAAAUAAAUCUCCAGAGAGAUACGAUGAAUUUUAUUUAACGUGGUUUAUUAUGGAGAUGAGAGAAAGAUAACAACACAACAACAAAAACAAGAAAAAAAAAAAAAGAAAACACACACAAAAGGGAUGACGAAGAGAAGAAGUGAUGAUGAUGAUGGGUGGGGGCCCGACGAUAGGAGGAAAAUAUUAAUAAUAAUAAUAAUAAUAAAAAAGGAAGGGGAUGACAAAGUGCCAGGGACACUCCGAGCGCGUGACAAAACCAAAUAAUUUAUUAAUUUAAAUCUAUUUUAUCGAUGUGUUUGUGGGAUCCGUGUCUAUAAUGAACCGACGACAAACGCGGAUUUUUUUGGGGAG